ACAAAUGUGGUACAAUUUGUGGUGUAAGUGUAGCAUGACCCAAUUUUUUUUGCUAUUUUUUCUCACAUUAGUGCUUUUAUAUGCAGUUUCCCUUUUCUCCUCUUGCCGGGAACUUUCAAGUUCCAAUCCAACUAUCCAAGCCGACCGAUUUCUACCAAUCCUUGUUUCCAGAAUUUCAAUUCCAGGCAACCCUAGGGUUCGAUUCUCGAUUCUCAAUUUGAUGGAUUCGUACUGAAGCGUUGGUUCUACGAUGGGUCGAAUUAGUUCCCUUAAACAGUUAUGGGAGAAUCUCAAAGUCUCUACUGAUUCCUCCGAGCCUAAUUACAAGAGACGAAAUGUCUCCGCACGGCGGGAUUUUCCCGGCGAUUCCGUUCCGGUUAGCCGGGAUGGGAGCGAUUAUGACCCUUCAGAAGAAGCUGAAGUUACAGUGGGAUCUAAUGGUUCUGAUGAUGAUGAUGAUGAUGAUGAAUCUUGGGGAACUAAGUUUGUGGGAUUUGAGACAGAGAUGCGAAAAGACAUCAAGUUUGAUGAUUCCUUCAAUGGGUUGAAUGGAUUUCAUGCUGCGAAUCCCGGGCUCGCCGAGGAAGAAGGUGGGUUGGUUCUUUUCAAGCCGAAGUACAAGAGACGAGAUGUAUCUGCAAGGCGGGAUUUCCCAGUGGGGCUUCGGGGAUCGUUCGGUGUUGUUGCUGGGGAUCACAAUGUUGUUGUUGGUGGGGAUGAGAGUGACUAUGAACCUUCAGAAGAAUCCAUGGUGGGAUCUGAUGAAGAUGAUGAAUAUUCUGUUGCUUUGGCUGUGAAUCGACAGACGGAUUAUUUCGACUGUUUGCUAGGUAAACUUGAUCAUAUGGUUGCAGAUGUUCUUCAGCAGAUCAUGAUGAAGUAGAAGAAGAAGAUAGCAAGCUGCCAGUUGAAAUCAUGAAAAUGUUGAUGUUUGAACAUGAAUUUGAGCUGGGUUUUUUUUUAACAAAUUUACUUUGUUGUUAUUAUUACAUUGGUUUUAUCUUGUGGUACAUUGUAAUCGCCUCUUUUUUAGCUCUAAGUAGAGACAUUUGUAGAUUUAAUCUGGAUAAGAGUCUAACUCUUUUUUUGUUCAAAAAUAAGAUUUAGCAUUCCUUUUAAAUAAAGUCAAUUUCUGGUAUAAACUUAAGGUCCAUGA